AUGGAUCUUAUUCCUGUUUACGAGGGUGCAGGACUGGAACUCACUGAGCAACAGAAGGCACUGAUUCCAGUGCGCACUGAGUCUGUCGCUUUCCGCAAAGUUGAGCGUGAAAUCCGAACCGUCGGUGUCCUUGAUUACAACGAAACCCGGAUGGCUUAUGCGUCAACUCGUAUCUCCGGGUGGAUUGAGGACUUGCACGUUGAUUUCACCGGCAUCAAGGUGCGCGAGGGCGAUGAACUCUUAUCUAUCUAUAGCCCAGAGUUAGUCGUCGCGCAAGAGGAAUAUCUAACAGCACUCAAAAGUGUGGAAGAACUCAAAAAUACAGAAUAUGUGGAGCUCCUCCGCUCCAUUAAACUGAACCUCACUGCUGCUGAAUCCAAGCUGAAGUUGUACGGAUUAACCGAAAACCAAAUAAAAGAUAUCCGCAACCGCGGCGAAGUCAGAACCGUUCUGCCGCUCUAUGCGCCUGUCGCGGGUACUGUUGUUCACAUGAACGUCAUGCGGGGGCAACAUCUCAACAAAGGGAUGAAUCUUUAUCGCAUCGCAGACCUCAGCAGUUUGUGGAUCAUGGCGGAUGUUUACGAGUACGAGUUGCCGUGGAUUUACAUGGGGCAAGUUGUCGAAAUUACGGCACAAUCGAUGCCGGGCAGAACGUUCUCCGGCAAAGUUACCUACAUUUAUCCGUUCUUUGACACUAACACCCGCACCCAGAAAGUGCAGGUGGCUGUCGCGAAUCCGAACGAGGAACUCCGCCCAGGAAUGCAUACAAACUCCAAUCGGAAUCAAGUGUUUGGUAAAGACCUCGCGAAGAUUGAAGAGAUUGCGGUGCAGAUUGAACAGGAACUCCUUAAACUUGACGGAGCGAAGGGUCCCUAUGCCGAGCGCAUUGGAAAUAAGCCGUAUCUUGAAUUUCACAUUGACCGAGAGGAAAUCGCUCGCUACGGCAUCCAAAUCCGAACGGUACAACAAAUCAUCAUGACAGCGAUCGGUGGCAUGAAUUUGACCUAUACCGUUGAAGGACGGGAGCGAUUUCCGAUUCGUAUUCGUUACAUGAGAGAAUUGCGGGAUAAUGUUGAAGCACUUAAGCGGGUCCUCGUACCGUCACCAAAAGGACUACAUAUUCCGCUUGAGCAACUCGUAAAAAUCGAAAGGCGACCCGGUCCCGCGAAGAUCGCAAGCGAAAAUACCCUUCUCUUUUCCCGCGUUUUUUGUGACGUGGAUGUUGACACUAUUGGACUGGUUGACUUCGUCACAUUAGCCCAAAAGACGCUUGAUGAAAAGAUUAAGCCAACCUUGCCCCAGGGCUAUUUCUACGCUUUUAGCGGGCAGUACGAAGCUGAACUGGAAGCUCGCAGUCGAUUAGCGAUUGUCCUACCAGUAUGUAUCGCUGUCAUCUUCAUAUUGCUAUACCUUCAAUUCAAGUCACCGUCCGCGAUGUUUUCGAUCUUUUUUGCGAUUCCCUUUGCAUUCAUCGGCGGGUUUCCAACUGACGGCAUUGCCCUUGAACUUGAAAAAUACUCGCAUGUUGCCAAAGGGGCUGUCAUCAGCACGGGUCGCGGAUUAGCGAUCACUGAUGAUGAGCUGGAAACCGCGCGCACCGAAGAAUUCUCAGUAGGAUUUCAAUUGACAUCUGUCCUCCGGUUCUCAGUCCCAUUCGGCAGUUACGCUGUGGAUACCCGUGGUGGCAACGCGGAUGUCCUGCCCAUCGGAAUGUUGAACGUUGAGACUGUUGGUAUGAUGUUGACCCUGGGUGGACGUGGAAAAUGGGCACCGUUUAUUGGGAUCGGAACAAAUUUCUACGCCUUUACUGAACAGUUCGCUACACCUGCGAAUAUUCAGAACACUUUUGGCGCGGAGGCAUCUACGGGACUCAACAUAAGACUUAUUGACAGCAUCUUUGAAGUGGCACAAUUGCGUGGUUCAUUCGGUUACCAGUUCAGUUUUUUGAGACCAAAAGUUAGCGUUCCUACCAGACCUGAUGUUGAAGCGUUAUCCUUAAACCGCCAUAGCGUCACUUUUCGGUUAGAACUCUUAGGGUUGUAG